AUGUUGUACGUUGUGGGUCUUGGUCUAGGUGACGAGAAGGACAUCACUGUCGCUGGAUUAGAGGCCGUCAAGGGUUCCGAGCGUAUUUAUCUCGAAGCUUAUACCUCCAUUUUGACUGUCGGUAAAGAGAAAUUGGAAGAGUACUAUGGCAAGGAUGUUGUUGUCGCCGAUCGUGAGAUGGUUGAAUCUGACAGCGAUACCAUUCUCGCCAAUGCUGACAAGGUAGAUGUCUCCUUCUUGGUCGUUGGUGAUCCUUAUGGUGCCACCACUCACACUGAUCUUGUUAUCCGUGCUCGCGAGAUGAACAUUCCCGUCAAGGUCAUUCACAAUGCUUCCAUCAUGAAUGCCAUUGGUGCUUGUGGUCUUCAAUUAUACAACUUUGGACAAACUAUCUCCAUUGUGUUCUUUACAGAGACAUGGCGUCCUGACAGUUUCUACGAUCGUGUCAAGGAGAAUCAUCAGUUCGGCCUUCACACGUUAUGUUUAUUGGACAUCAAGGUCAAGGAGCAAAGCAUCGAAAACAUGGCAAGAGGUCGUUUGAUCUACGAGCCUCCUCGCUACAUGACAGUCAAUCAAGCAGUCGAGCAGCUUUUGGAGAUUGAGGAGAAGCGUGAAGAGGGCAUUUGCAAACCUGAUUCACUAGCAAUUGGUUGUGCUCGUAUUGGCACAGAUACCCAAAAGAUUGUGGCUGGUACAUUGGAAGAGCUGGUUGAUGUCGAUUUCGGAGGCCCUCUUCAUUCACUUGUCUUGAUCGGCUCUCGUAUGCAUGAAAUGGAAGCUGAAUUUGUCAAGGAAUACGCCUUUAACGCAGAGACAUUCAAUGCUAUUGUCAAGAGAGACUACGUGCAUUAA